AUGAAUUAGGCGACUAAUAAUCAAAGACUUGUAUUCUCAAGUGAGUUACCCGAAAAUCCAAUGGCAACUAAAAUGACAUAAAAAGAAGAUAAAACUUGUGGAGGAAGAUUCAGAUGGAAUUUAAUUAUUAAUGUAGUAAUGGUAGCUAUGGCAGGCUUUCCUUUCUACCUUCCCUUAGCUGCUACUUUGGGAGUAAAUUGUUUUUAUGCUUCAUUAUGGAUUUUAUUUAUGUUUUUAGCAGCCAAUACAUAAUCAAAAAUCCACCUAACAAUGAAAAAGGUUUCUAAUCAGUCUGAAUAACCUCCAAAUCCUACUCCUAUCAAAUUUAUAUUAAUGACAUUUAUAUACAAAGAACCUUUAGAAUUAUUAUUAAAGACCCUUCAAAAUAUUUAACAACAAAGAAUAGCUAAAGAGAUAAUUAUGGUUGUUUGUAUGGAAGAAAAAACACCAGAAAAGGAAACAAAAAUUAAUUCCGUUUUUGAAUAAUUCAAAGACUGUUUUGAUUAACUAAUAAUCACUGUGCAUCCUUAUGGAACACCUGGAGAAAUUCCAGGUAAAUGUUCUAAUAACAAUUAUGCCAUUAGAUCUGUUUUAGCUCAUUUAAAAAAGAGUGACCCUAACCUUGACCCAAAUAAAUACUUUGUAACUAAUUUUGAUGUCGAUACAAUCUUUCAUAAAAAUUUUCUUGAUAUCUAAAUGAUGAACAUCCUCAAAGAGAAAGAUAGAAACAACUUUGUUUGGCAACCAGUUCUAUUUUAUAAUUGGGGACUUGAUAAACUUAGUUUUUUUACAAGAAUUACAGGAUUAGCAAGAAAUAUGUUAAUGAUGGGAGCCUUAAUUCCUUUAAAUAUAAAUAUUAUGAGUGUCUAUACUUCUUCUUUAUAAUUACAAAUAGAAGGUGAUUUUUGUCAUCCUACAUAUUAGAUGGAUGAUAUAAUUUGCUAUAUUAGAUGGCUUACAUUAAGUAGAAGAUCUCUUAAGAUAAAACCAAUAUAUUGUCCUACAAUAUCAGGACCUACUUCUGGUUCAAAUAUGUGGUAAGAAUUCAUUGAAUGGGUCAGAUAAAAUAAAAGAUGGAGUGUAGGAUCUGCUGAAGUUUUCCACUAUUUUGUAAUUAAAGCACCAAGAAUUAAGUUUUGCUCUGCUUUUAUAUGGGCUUGCAAUUAUCUAAAUUAUUAUGCAUCUUUUAUUUGUGUUUAAAGUUUAUUAUUGAUAACAACUACUAUUAGACUCUUUGUUAUGGAAACUGAUCCUAAAUUAUAGGUAUAUUUUUGUAUUCCUUUGAUAAUUGUAUAUAUAUGUCUUUUUUUCAUGAUGCUCAUGAAUAAAAUUGCUGUUAAAUAUCUCCUAAAAGAUAUUGUAGUUGAAAAUAUACCAAUUUGGAAAGAUUUCAUUCAUUGGAUUUUCAGUCUCAUUGUGAUGGUUGGAUAUGGACUAACAGUGUUUUAUGGAUUCUGGGAAAUUUUCUUUUGUGGAAAAGGUGUAUGUACUCAUGAACCUUCAAAGAAGAAAUUACUUGAUAACAUUGUUCAACGUAAAGAUGAAACUGUGAUAGCAAUUAAUGAAUAACAGAAUAAAAUAUGA